AUGCACAUUUGGCUUAUAUUCAUCUUAUUGUCAAUUUUAUCAUUACCACUUGGUAACACAUUACCUUUCAAAUCACUUAAACCAAUUACAAUUCCAUUAAAGAAGUCGAAUGCAAAUAAAUUGUUUGCUAGAGAUAACCCACCUACUGUUAAUGAACCUUUAACGGAUGACUUUCAUCGCGAUGAUCAAUAUUUCUGUGAAAUUACUCUUGGUGGACAAAAAUUCAAUGUAAUGGUUGAUACAGCUUUAGGUGAUCUUUUAAUUCCAUCUAUCAAUUGUACUUCUGCAUGUGAUUUUAAAAACAAAUAUAAUCCACAUAAUGAUGUAUCUUUCGGAACAAAGAAUAAAACUUUUGGUUAUGUUUAUGGUAAUGGACUUGUAGAGGGAAUAAGGGGUCACACCAUUAUGAAUAUUGGGGGAUAUGCUCCAGGUUCACGACAUCUUGAUUUAUCACCAUAUCAGGAAUUUGGUUUAGUUUCAAUAUUUCCGAAUAUUUUUAAAUUUACUGAAUUUGAUGGUAUACUUGGGUUGGCAAUAACUAAUAAAUUCAAUCCAGAUGAAUCAAAUUUUUAUAAUAAUAUUUAUUUUGAUUAUCUUUCUCCACUAUUUACUUUAAAAAUUGGAAGAGAAGCAGAUGGAACUGAUAGUGAAUUAACAAUUGGUGCUGUUGAUCAAAAUAAAUUCAUUGGUGAAAUUGUUUAUACAACAACAAUCAAUAAUGAUUAUUGGAUACUUCCUAUAGACGACUUGAUUAUCAACGGCCAAUCGUUAGGAUUUCAAAAUCGUACUGGAAAAAUUUCCUCUGCGUAUUCUUCUAUAGUUAUACCAUUUGACGAUGCCAAACUAAUUUACCAACACUUACCUAAUGUUAGAGAUCGUGAUGGAAAAUUUAUUAUACCUUGUGAUAGCAUAAUUAAUAUUGAAAUAAAAAUCAAUAAUACCAAUUGGGCUAUUGAUCAUAGAGAUUUGAUAGAUGUUCGGCAAUUCAAUGACAUAGAAAUAUGCAGUGGAAUGAUUAGGGGUGGUAUUACUGAAUCAGAUAAAGAAUGGAUCCUUGGUACCACCUUUUUAAAAAAUGUCUAUAGUGUUUAUAAUGACUAUAACCAUACCAUUGGACUUGCUAAAUUAAAUUUGACUAAACUUUCUGCAAUUCAUUAG